CCGCGGGGUUCCCGGCACUGCCCCGAGCAGCCUCUGGGGCCGGUGUGGGCUGCUCGCCUCCGCUGGAGCCGGAGAUGAACGUGCAGGCGUCAAGAGUGUGUGGAAAGGCCACGGUCCCGUUGUCGGAGAAGGCCAGCUGCUGAGCCGGGCAUGUCUCCAGGAGGCCUGCAGACUGCGCAGAUCCCGGCCUCUCUGCAGUGGGCUGCCCAGGCUGGUCAGUUGCAACCAGAGAAGUGGUCGAGCUUCCCUGCCCUCCACCCCAGGGAGUCCAGCCUAUUGCUCAAGCCCCAAGCUCCCAGCACCACCCUCAAGCGGUGGGGCAGCCACUUGAAGUUUCCAGUUGUCCUGGGAGGGAGCUGAUUCCCAGCUCCUGUUAGCAUCCAGCCUGAGCCGUCUCUCUACCCCUUUGUGCCCAUGUUUCUUAGCCCUUAAAGAAAAAUGAUGCAGGUGUUCCUGGGACUUUCCAAGGGUUGUAAACGUGGUGUGGAAUAAGGAGGUCAGUUGCUGUUAGUAGUGAAUAUGGAACAGGGCACUGUGUCCAAGUGCCUCUGACACACUGGGCACCUUCCUGUGCCCCCUCCAGGCAGGUGGUACAGCUGUGAGCUCAUGGUCCCCAGCCUUGCCACUUGUGGCUCUGGGACUCCAGGUGAGGUUUGGAGAGUCUCGUGCCUCCCUUUCCUCAUCUGGAAGUCAGAGAUGAGCAUGGCCCCCGCAUGGAAGAAGUCGCUUGGCCUGUAGGGGAAGAUUCGUGUCUACUGAAUGAAUAAAAGAAUGUGACUCUCCAGUGGCCUCCAGUGCUCCUGUCCUGCAGAUGGGAGACCGAGGCUCCGAGUUCGAUGACUUGCCCAGGUCUCACUGCCAGCUCAGGCAGGGUUGGGUGCCCUGUGCCUCCCAGGUGCUCACCCCGCCCUGCCCUGGGGAACAGGGCUCAAGCCUGUCUUGUUCUCCCAGCCACUUGUUUCAGCAACUGGCCAUAUGAAGGUCACCAGGGAAGACUGGGGGUCCAGAGGCAGUAGUACCAGUAAAGGUUACAGGCUGUCGCCUGAGCUGCCAUCUUCACGCUCAGCAUCCGCGAGGCCUGUGGGGAUCUGCCCUGGUCAUGCAUCUAAGGGCAGCCUGAGCUGGCUCUCACAGGACAGGCUGCCCACCCCAGCAGGCCCAGGGAGACAGGCCUCACCAGGCAGAGGCCUGUGUGUCGGGUAGCAAGGCCGUCACUUCCGAGAGUCCUUGCAUGGCUACACACCAUAUGUGACACCAUCCUCCGGGGUCACGGGUUUGUUACAGAGAGCAAGUCUGUGGCCCACUGCUCCCAACCCAGACCAGCCAGUUCCCACGGGAGGCUCCUUGUGUGAUCGGGGAGACCAUGCCCAAGCCCUCCGACUGCCUGCUGCGGCUACUCCGGGGCACCCCCAGGCAGCGGGUCUGCACCCUGUUCAUCAUCGGCUUCAAGUUCACGUUUUUUGUCUCUGUCAUGAUCUACUGGCAUGUUGUGGGAGAGCCCAAGGACCAAGGGCAGCUCUAUAGCCUGCCUGUGGACAUCCCCUGCCCCCCACUCACGCCCCCAGCCCCGUCCUCCAGCACCCCCCCUCCAGGCAACAUCUUCUUCCUGGAGACCUCAGACCGGACCAACCCCAACUUCCUGUUCAUGUGCUCCGUGGAGUCGGCCGCCAGGACCCACCCCGAGUCCCAGGUGGUGGUCCUGAUGAAGGGGCUUCCCGGUGGCCAGGCGCCCCUGCCCCGGCACCUGGGCCUCUCGCUUCUGGGCUGCUUCCCCAACGUGCAGCUGCUCCCGCUGGACCUGGAGGAGCUGUUCCGGGACACGCCGCUGGCAGCCUGGUACCGGGCCGUGCGGCGGCGCUGGGAGCCCUACCUGCUGCCCGUGCUCUCCGACGCCUCCAGGAUCGCGCUGCUCUGGAAGUUUGGCGGCAUCUACCUGGACACGGACUUCAUCGUCCUCAAGAACCUAAGGAACCUGACCAACGUGCUGGGCACCCAGUCCCGCUACGUCCUCAACGGGGCCUUCCUGGCCUUCGAGCGGCAGCACGAGUUCCUGGCUCUGUGCAUGCGGGACUUCGUGGCCCACUACAACGGCUGGAUAUGGGGCCACCAGGGGCCCCAGCUGCUCACGCGGGUCUUCAAGAAGUGGUGCUCCAUCCGUAGCCUGGGGGAGAGCCACACUUGCCGCGGGGUCACCGCCCUGCCCCGGGAGGCCUUCUACCCUGUCCCCUGGCAGAGCUGGAAGAGGUACUUUGAGGAGGUCAGGCCCGAGGAGCUGACCCGGCUGCUCAAUGCCACCUACGCUGUCCACGUGUGGAACAAGAAGAGCCAGGGCACGCGCUUCGAGGCCACGUCCAGGGCACUGCUGGCCCAGCUCCACGCCCGCUACUGCCCCUCGACGCACGAGAUCAUGAAGAUGUACUGGUGAGGAGCCGGCCUGGCGCCUCUCCUGGAGGUGGGCGGGCAGGAGAGGGAGGUCCGGGCAGCCACAGCCGGGCGUGGGGCAGGCUGAGGCCUGAGCAUGGUCCACAGGCCCCGCGGCUGCUCCAGGCUGGGGUAACCCUGGUGGGAACCCCCUCGGCCGGCGCCCUGGCUCGGGUCAGAGGCCCACAGAGCAUUCCAGAACCAUCGGGAGUGCCCGUCCAGACACGUGGCAGGAAGAGUGCACCUCCCACCUGGAACGGCAAAGCAACUUCCUGGGUGACACCCGGAGCCCAGCCAGUGGGCUGGGGGCCCCUGAGGGGAGCUCCAAGAAACCUGAGCAGAGGGGACAAGGAAGGAGGGACGAGCUCCCGGGCAGAGCAGAGGUGGCCGCAGUCAAGAGCGCAGGUGCAGAUCCAGGCAUGGGAGGUUUCUUUGGGGAGGACUGAGGGGGCAGCGCUGGGCUGGGGGCUCCAUCCUCUCACCCAGGGAUGUUGCUCAGGUGGCCUGUGCCAGCUGCCCACUUCAUGGGCACAGGGCUGAGGAAGUUCUUUUGAUUCAGGGGAAGAAUUUGAAAGACCCCCCAUAAACUCAGGAGAAUAAUUAUAAUAAACGUGGCUGGAUGUCCAGCG